GUAGCCGUCCAUGGCCAAAUUUCAUCUUCAUUAAUUCCCAACAUCUCUUCACCCUUCGUUCGGGGAGGAAAAAAACAAUGGCGGCGUGCUUUUCUCCGGCCACCGGAGCCAUUCCCACCAAUCCUCUCCUCCGCCCAACCUCUUCCACCGGCUUAAAAUCUCCCCACCAACUCCUUGCAUUCACAUCCAAACGUCGCAUCUCCAGAAUUUCAUGCACCUCCUCCGACGGAAUACGAAAUGACCGAAAAGCCCCUGCAACGAGGAGAGACCUCCUCAUCGGAAUGGGGGGCAUUUACGGCAGCGCAGCCCUCGACCCGUCCAUCGCCUUCGCCGACCCGAUCCAACCUCCGGAUCUCACGAAGUGUGGGCCGGCUAGCGUCACCACCACGGGCCCAACCGUCCAAUGCUGCCCGCCUUUCAAGGGCCCACACAAUAUCAUCGACUUCAAGCUCCCGUCACCCAGGGAGCUGGUCAGGACCAGGCCCGCGGCCCAUUUGGUCGAUAAGGCCUACAUAAAAAAAUACGAGCGGGCCAUCCAGCUCAUGAGAUCGCUACCCGACGACGACCCGAGAAGCUUCAAACAACAGGCCGACGUCCACUGCGCUUAUUGCAACGGCGCAUACGACCAAAUCGGGUUCCCGGAAACGGGCCUGCAGGUCCAUUUCUCAUGGAUCUUCUUCCCUUUCCACCGCCUCUACCUCUACUUCUUCGAGCGGAUUCUGGGUAAGCUGAUCGACGACCCGACUUUUGCUCUGCCGUAUUGGAACUGGGAUUCCCCGCCGGGGAUGAACAUGCCGGCGAUUUUCACCGACCCGAAUUCCCCACUCUACGAUCCGAUCCGUAACCCGACCCACAGCGACCCGAGUUUCAUGCUGGAUCUCGACUGGAGCCGCGAGGAUAUUGUUGUCUCUCCGGAGGAGCAGAUCAAGAGCAAUUUGAACUUGAUGAAUACCCAGAUGGUCUCCGGCGCGAAGAAGAGGACUCUGUUUUUUGGGACGCCGUUGAAGGCCGGAGAUGCGGCGGCGAAUACGGGCCAAGGGUCCAUUGAGCGGAGCCCACAUAUGAAUAUUCAUAUCUGGACCGGGGACCCGAAGCAGGCCCAUACGGAGGAUAUGGGGAAUUUUUACUCCGCGGGCCGGGACCCGAUUUUCUACUGCCAUCAUGCCAACGUGGACAGGAUGUGGGACCUGUGGAAGACGCUGGGCCCCAGGAGGACGGAUUUUACGGAUCCUGAUUGGCUGGAGGCGGCUUUCGUGUUCUAUGACGAGGACAAGAAUUUGGUGAGGUGUAAAGUUAAGGACUGUCUUGACUCCAGGAAGCUCAACUACGACUAUCAAAAGGUUCCGAUUCCAUGGCUCGAUACCAAGAGGACACCAAAGGCAAAAAAGAAAACCUUGGCUAAUGCUUUCGCCACGGAAAAAUUCGCGAAUGCUGCUCCACCGAAGAAGCGGGAGCUGACGCCCCUCUCGGCGUUCCCGUUGGUGCUUAACAAGGCGAUAAGUGUGGUGGUGCCGAGGGGGAAGAGGUCGAGGAGUGUGGCAGAGAAGGAGGAGGAAGAGGAAAUUCUGGUGGUGGAAGGGAUUGAGUUCGAUCGAGGGAAUGUCGUGAAGUUUGAUGUGGCUUUGAAUGACGAAGACAGUACUGGGGCCCCUGCCGGGCCGCAGGACACUGAAUUCGCGGGGACUUUCGUCAACGUUCCUCACAGAGAGAAGGCAGGGGCCCCGAGUUUUAAGGCGGUGCUGAGGCUGGGGAUAACGGAUUUGCUGGAUGAUCUGGGUGCUGAUGAUGAUGACACGGUGGUGGUGACUUUGGUGCCGAAGGUUGGCGAAGUUAAGAUUGGUGGAUUGAAGAUCGAUUACAUCACUGAUUAACUGAUGAUUCAAGGUUGUCUAUGGCUCAAAGAACUAUUUCGAUCGGUUGUCAGUUGGGGAACCACCCUUUCGAUUAACCGAUAACCGACCGAUGGUUACCGGUUAUAACCGAAAGUAACCGACCGAUCGGCUACCUCUAUGUCCUUUUAGCACUAUGGCGAUUUUAAUUCAAGUCGAGUGGAUGAAUAAUAAUGGGAGAGUGAUUUAGGCCACUACAUGUAUAUAUCUUUUGCAUUUUCAUUCAAUGGCCACAUGAUUAGACGUGAAUCACUCAGUAUGAUACAAAAAUAUAAUCAAAAUUCAUUUCAAUUAGUUCUACAUAAUUAAACUGGCAAAUCAACAUAGUUCCCACUAGUUUUGAAUUAUUAUAUGAUCAAUUGACAACACUCAUAAACUAUCAAUUACACCAAACAAAACUUAAUUUCACUAACUUAUCUCUUCUGAUCUACCACCAACCAUAGUCGUGAAACAAAUCGAUCUCAACUUGUUAAGUGCUCAAAUAUGUGGUCUUUUAUUCUCAAAAAAUGUGAUCAAAUGAGGAAUUUAUUAGGCCUAAAGCCCUAAACGUUGGGCUUGCCAGGUUUCUCCCCUUGAAGAAUGCUAGAGCCGAGAAGAAAGAAGUAGCACUAAAAAAUUAGCAAAAAACUGUAAUGAAUAGCCUCCAAAAUCAGUAAAAAAUUGCAUUUUCAUAAUUCGACUAAAAUCUGUGAUGGUUACCCUUUAAAAUUGGUGAAUAAUAUUUGAAAAAAUCUGCGAUGGAUGCUGAAGAAUAACACCCAAAAGAAUCGGUCAAAAUCAGUGAUGAAUAGACUUCAAAAUCGAUAAAAAGUAGCACUCCCAAAAAUCAUCCAAAAUCUGUGAUGGAUAGCCUUAAAAUUGGUGAACAAUAUCAUUCCAAAAAACCGAACAAAAUAUGCGAUGGAUAACCUUCAAAAUCAGUCAAAAUAGCAAUCGCCAAAAUCUGCCAAGAUUUGUGAUGGAUAGCAUUGAAAGUGAGUGAAUAAUAGCAUUCAAAAGAUUCGGUCAAAAUCUAUUAUGUGAAGCCUUCAACAUCGGUGAAUAUUAGCAUUCAAAAGAAUCCACCAAAAUUUGUGAUUGAUAGCCUUCAAAAUUGAUGAAAAAUAGCAUUCUCAAAAAUUGGUCAUAAUCUGUGAUGGAUAGUCUUCAAAAUUGGUGAAUAAUAGCAUUCAAAUUUUUUUGUCGAAAUCUAUGAUGGAUAGCCUUCAAAAUUGGUGUAUAAUAGGAUUCAAAAGAUUCGGCCAAAAUCUGUGCAAAAUUGGUGAAAAAUAGUGUUAUAAACGCGCUGCUACGGAUCGGAAAAUCGCCGGAAUCGACAAAGCAAGAAUACGAAAGCGAGAAUCGAAAAACACAGACACACGAUUUACGUGGUUCACUAACAUGAUGUGUGUUAGCUAGUCCACGGGCGAGAGAGAGCCAGUUUCACUAUAUCGAGGAGAUUACAGAUUACAGAGGAGUAUGAGAAGUAUUUAUAGUACUUCUCCAUGUGGGUCUAAACCUAAUCCAAUCUGGCAAAGGAAAUGGUUACAGACCAGGCCCAGAACCCGAACCCAAAUAACAUUGAGCCCAUACACCGUGGGCGGCUGAUAGUCCGAUUCAAGUCACAUCAACAAAUAGCAUUCUAAAAAAUCGAUCAUAAUCUAUGAUGGAUAGCCUACAAAUUGGUAUAAGGACAUUCAAAAGAAUUGGCAAAAAUUAGUUAUAGAUAUCCCACAAAAUCAAUGAAUAAUUGUAUUCAAAAGAAUUGGCAAAAAUCUGUGAUGGAUAGCCUACAAAUCAGUGAAUAAUAGCAUACAAAAGAAUCGGAGAGAAUCUAUAAUGGAUAGCCUUCAAAAACUGGUGAAUAAUAGCAUUCAAAAGAU